AUGCGCUCCUUCUCCACUUUUCCGUCGUACAGGAAGCACGUGUAUCGGAAACAUGAAGAGGCGUUUCAAGACGAAACCAACACUACCUUUGUGGGUGAAGGUAAUCAAGAUCACUGUGGCACUCAGUCACAUCAUGAUGCAUCAGAAGAUGUGGUCCCACCGCCAGACAUGGACACAACAGACACUGACAUGGGUACCGAAGACCGUGAUGAGCAGCAUCUGAGUGACACCAUGCAAAGUGACCAUGUUAGACAGCUAGCAUUACUUCUACUAAAGUGGAAGGAGAGCAAGCGGCUGGCAGAGUCCACACUAAAUGAGAUAGCUAAUGAUAUUAUUUGCUAUGUUCAGGGUGUUGCAGACGACUGGAUGAUGAGGCCAGAGCCAGAACGAACAGGAUUAAUGUCAGCCAUAGGUGAACAAAUGCAGACAUUGUCAACACAAGCAGGCCGGACUGAUUACUGGAAAUUAUACCUGCCAUUUGUCGAGCCUCGCACUGUCGUGUUAGGAACAAAUGAGCAUGGCAGGUGUGAUCAAUUUCAUUACGUGCCCAUAUGCGAGGCUUUGAGGAACAUUUUAGAAGUUCCGGUCAUCUACAGUGACUUCUGCCGUUCACAGAGGGAAGCGAAUUACCUGUCCACAGUCUUUGAUGGAAAAGCCUUUCAGAACCAUUCAUAUUUCAAAGGGGAUGAGAAAAAGAUCUGUGUGCAAUUAUACGCUGACGAAUUUGAGGUAUGUGAUCCUCUAGGAAGCAAACGUGACAAACAUAAACUGUUGGGAGUUUAUUUUUCUAUUCUAAAUCUACCACGACGGUCAACAUUGUCUCACAUGCAUCUGGUACUUCUGGUAAAGGACAAACAUGCAUCGGCAUAUGGCAUGGACAAGGUAUUUUCCCCACUCCUGCAGGACAUUGCCAAUUUAGAAACUGAGGGAAUUACAGUGAAUGGAGACACCCUGAAGGGUACAGUCUUCAUCAUGACAGGUGAUAACCUGUCCAGUCACCGGAUUGCUGGUUUCAAAUGCAGUUUCAGUGGGGGCAGGAUCUGUCGCUUCUGCUUAGCCUUGCGACAUGAAAUUAAUUAUAAGCAUCAAGAGACUGAUUUUGUCCUUCGCACUCCAGAGGGUCACAGGCAUCACCUUGAAAUGCUGAAGAAUGGCAUUCCUACUGUUUCGCUGUAUGGUGUGCGGGAGCCUUGUGCUUUAAACUUUAGUGGAUUUGAGCCAACCGACCACUUCCCCCCGGAUGUGAUGCACGAUGUUUUAGAGGGUGUAGUGCCAUUUGCUAUGAAACACAUAAUCGCGCACUUGAUCACCAGUGGCAAUUUCUCCCUCAUUCAACUUAAUCAACGCAUCGAGGAGUACAGCUACGAACAGUGUGACAUGAGGAACAAACCUGAGAAUAUCUCUCGUGACUUCCUUCAAGGCAAGGCCUGUAUGAAGGGAACCGCCUCACAGGUGUUUUGCUUCUUCAGACAUUUCUCACUGUAUGUGGGUGACUGUGUGCCAUCUGGAAAUGCGGCAUGGGAGCUCUACCUUCUACUCAGAGAGAUAGUUGAUAUAGUGAUGUGCAGAAAGCUCCCCACUUCCUAUGUUCCCUACCUGCAGCGACUCAUCACUUUCUUCUACCAUGAUUUUCAAGCUCUCUUUUCUGGAAUCUCUGUGCCAUGUAAAAUGCAUUACCUGGUGCAUUAUCCUUCAUUCAUUUUCAAGUACGGACCUCUGGUAAACAUUUGGGCCAUGAGGUUCGAAUCAAAGCAUCAGUACUUUAAGGACAUGACACGCAAGUUACGAAACUUCAAAAAUGUUACACGCAUGCUAGCUGUCAGGCAUCAGUACCUUCAGGCAUACGAACUGUCGCAGUCGUUAAACCAGACCUCUCCUUUUGUGACAUCGUGUCGCCCUGUGCUACUUGAACACAUGCCCGAUGUGUUGAAGUCUUUCAUUCAGGAGAAGGGCAUUGUGGCACCAAGCAUUUCAGUGGUGAAAUCUGUAAGGAUUGACAAUGUCCUGUACGUACCAGGGAUGUCACUACUGUACAGUGUCAGUCAUGACAAGCUACCCGAGUUCGCUCAGAUCUGUGGCAUAUUUACCAUCAACAGACGAAUCAUUUUUCAUAUGCGUGAGCUCGUAACGGUAGAGUUCGACAGUCACUACCAUUUUUAUGUUGUCACUCACACUGACAAGUGCUUCGUUCAGAGUGACAUUUGGACACUAGGAGAGCCAUUAUUUCCCACAUGGAAGGGUGAUCAGUGUGUAAUUAAUCCUCGUCGUGCGCUCUUGUAG